AUGGACGCAACUGAUUUUAAUGCUGUAAAGGAUGAGUACCUAUCACUGCUCACUGCACCAGUAAAUGUACAAGAAAAUUUGGAUGUUGUACAAGAGGCUUCUGACUUGAAUUGUCAUGGAUUUGAUAAUAAUUGUCGAUGGUCCAAUACGAAUGAAGAUGAACUGGACUGGAAAGUGUUGCUGUCCACUCCAGAAGCAGAACCAUGGAUCAGUAUGCUUCAAACAACUCAUCAUCCAGGUCAGACAAUAAUCCAUACGGUAUAUAACCUCGAUCCAGAUGCAUCAGCAGCAGUACUUCUAUCCGGUAAUCACCGUACAUGGGGUAGUGGACAACUUGUUUCCGAUUUGUUGCCAUGUAUUAUAUUACCACUGCAACUCACCGCUACAGUUUGGCGAUCCUCUUCAGAUGGAUCAUUUCAACAACAACCAAAUUUACAGAUUUGUAGUCGUAAUACCAAUAUCGAUCAAACCCAUUCAAAUUGCAUCUUGUUUCCUAUACAAAAUGGCAUGCCGGUUACUGUGAACAUACCCGAACCACGUGAUCCCACUACACCUGCCCAGAUUAUUUUAGUGGGUGAUAAUUUUGUUGGAAAAUAUGGCGGUGCUAUAUUUGUACAGGAUAUCACUGUGGGUGGUAAUCUUGUACCAGACUGCAUCAUAACAACACCACUUACAACCAAAAAUUUCAAUAAACCACAGCAACAACAAGCUAAACGAUUGAUUCCUUUGCAUAACUUCCAAGAUUCUAGCAACAGUCUUGUUGAAGUUCAAGAAUUAGGUUCCACACAAAAAAUAUCCAAUCUACAGCAGUCAUCCAUACUACAGUUCGCAUCACCUUUAUUAGCAGAUUCUCUAAUGGUUGAAUGCUUGAAACUGUCCUGCAAUCCUGCUGGUAAGCAUUAUGAAUCUACAGAGAAAUACUGUGGAUGGCAAAAAGGCAUUUCUGGAUGGAUGGCAUCGACAGGAACUGACGGCUUUUCAAAUCCGUUGAGCGGUAUUAUGGUACCACCUGUUGGAACGAAUUCAUUCCUUGUAGCAUCUUAUAACAGUAAUUCCGAAAAUUCUAUCCGACAGAUUAUCAGCCCGAUGCUAAGUAUUUCAACCUGGGCACAACCAGUGCACUUCUGCUUCUAUGAAUAUUUUGCUGUUGAAGGAGCACGCUUCACAAUGUGUACAGAUGAAUUUAACAAAAAAUGUUUUUACUCAAAAACUGGUAUCCCUAAGGAUGGCCAUUUACAGGAAAGCAGACGAUGGAAUUUUCAAUGCACCGAACUGCCGACUGGAACGUAUAAGAUAUAUGUUUCGGCUGAAAACAAUGGUCCAAAUCAAGGUGAUAUUGGUUUCGUUCCAUUACGAUUGAGUCGAGAUCUGGAUGGAAACGAUCCUAUCUGCUGA